CAGGGCGGAGGUAUCCAUGAGGAGAGGGAGUGGAGGAGGAGCGGCGGCAUCGGCAUCUUCUGGCCCCCCAGGCCAGUCCUGGGCCCGAGCCCGCGCCGGAGGAGGCGCAGGAGAACUGGUGGUGGUGGAUGCCGCAGAUCUCCUCGCCGCUGCUCGGCCUCGGCGGCGGCGGCGAGGACCCCAGGCCCGCAGCCUCCUCGGCCAGCUCGGCCGGCGGCGGCGGGUGGAUGCCGCAGCUCUCCUCGCCGCUGCUCGGCCUCGGCGGCGGCGGCGAGGAGACCAAGCCAGCAGCCUCGGCCGCCUCGACCGGCGGCGGCGGCGCGGCCUUCGGCUGGUGGCCGUUCGAGGCCGAGCCCUCCGAGCACGCGGGCGGCAGCUCCGCCUCCGGCGCGCCGGCCGGGGGGGCCGAGUGCCUCGCGGCCGCGAGGGCGCGCCUGGGGGAGAGCCCGCCUCCGGAGGACCAGGACCUGUGGGAGCCGUGGUUCGCCCGGUGGUUCGACGAGCUGCGGCGGCAGGGCUUCGAGCCCGAGGAGAUCGAGCAGGCCUACGCCACGCUGCGGGCGGAGGACCCCCGCAGGGGCGGCGCGUGGCCGCCCUGCCGCGCCCCGCGGGGUGCCCAGCCGCCGCCUGCGCCGCCCCUCCCGCCCGGCACCCUCGACAGGGCCCUCGAGUGGAUGGAGGAGCACCCGCCGCCGCCCGGCCGGGAGGACUGGCAGCCGUGGUUCGAGGAGUGGCUCGCCUGGGCCAGGGGCGGGGGCUGCACGGAGGCGCAGGUCGCCGCGCUCUACGAGGCGCUCCGGGCGCGGCCCGGGGAGCCAGGAUCCUCGAGAAGCAAAUACCCUUGGCCGAAGUUCCGCGACGCGUGCACCAUUGCGGGGCGCUCCCCUGGCGCGGACGCGGUGGAUGACGGAGAACAGCCUCUCUCCCCCGCGUCGGGCCGGAGGGACGAAGCAGAAGCGUGGGGCAUCGAUGCAGACGGCAAGCUCAUCUACCAGGAUCCGGCGCCGAGGAACGCCGUGCCGACGUGGUACUCUUCGUAUUUCAACUUCGGCUGCGUCCGUGCCUGUACGGCCGAGCCGCCACCACCACCGCCGUGCGGCGGCUUCGGCCACGCUGCACUGGAGGCACCACCGCCGCCGCCGCGUGGCGGUUUUGACAGCCCUGCGCUAGAAGCACCACGGAGCUGAGCCUGUUAGCGUCCAGCUCCGUGCCGAGUGCCUCGCCACCGUAUUUGCCCUCUGCUGGUCGGCUUCGUCGGCUCCACGUACUUUUUUAUAUGUUGCAGGUGGCUGUUUCACCAGUGCCACGAAGCCGCAAUUCGCUGUCCCGCACGACCUGUUGCAUCGCAGAUUGCCGUUCGUAGCCGUGUGCACUCUUGCAGGAGUUCUCUGCAUAGGGAGCCUGAGGGCACGAAGCAACGAAAACGUUCUGGAGUGCUUUCUGAGGGGCUCACCUGUUGCCCUCAUCUUUCUCCUCCCCCUCCAAACUGAUUGUUCUGUCGCGUGUGUAGGGAGAAGCACUGGGUCCGAUAGCCUGU